GUGCGACCACCGCUCGUCUCACGGUCGUCCCCACCGUCAUCACCGUCAUGCUCUCCGCCCUCUCCAGGACCGCCGCAAGAGCGUUGAGCCCACAGGCGCGAUGGGAUGACUGGAGCAGUUCCCAGGAACCAUACGAUGCAGAAAUCUUGUAUCUUGACCUGGAGCUGUGCGACGUGCUCAGGCCGCUCCCUGAGAUCGCUUGGUCGAAGAUCGCGCAUUUGUGCUCAAGAACAGUUUCUCCUGCGUAUCGGAAGCUACGCGACACGUUCCAAGAUGAUAUGGAUCGCCUUGCAGGUAUCAUGGCAGAACUGGAGCUGAGCUCAGUUGAAGCCGCGGAACACGCCGCACGUUUCGAGGAUGCACCUUUCUGUCAUGGCAGAACCUCGUAUCUAGAACGGCCGCCCAGCAAAAGACGGAGAUCCUCCGCUGCCACGGACGACAACGCGCCACUGGUGAUCCCGGGCUUUGACCCCUCUAUACCCACCAUCGUCAUCACGCCCUGCCCGUCGCAACCCCGGGAAGCCGCCUGCCUCGUGCCCUUCCAGGACGCACAGUUCGGCAACAGACUCACUGUGCCGACGCACCCCGCGCUGAACAGCGCGUUUCCGCCGCAGAUGGCGAUGCCCGUUCCGCUUGUGGAACACUGGCGGUACGAGGACGGGCACUGGGCAGCCUUGCUGCCACAUCCGGAGGAGCAGGUGAAAAGAGGCAUGUUCUCGCGGCCGCUGCCGAGUAGGAGGCGCAAGGUGUGCGUGGGGCGUCGCCAUCGUGCCUGACAUGCUGCACCACGAGUGCCGAGUGCCUUGCCCUUAAUGCGGUUCAUGACUCCGGUCCUUGAAUGUCUAAACCGACUCCUGGACGUGUCUGCCCUACAUAGGGCCUUCGUUUAGUGCGAAAGGUGAUGAUGUGUCCUGAAAAGUACAGCUUGGUUAUGUGACUUUCCCAGUGUACAUGGAUGACUCGGCUAUUCCUCUCGGAGCGAGGAACUUUCGCAGGGUCGGGCGGCCAAGAUGUUUGGAAUGCGGUGUAGAGGUUGAGGCGUGGUUUACAGCCGGCCGUCCUGUGUAGUUAUGUACGAUCGUACUGCAUGUUACGUAUCGAACCAUGGGAGUUCAGCC